AUGGUACGCGGGGGUACGAGUGCGAUAGACAUUCCAUGUCAAGAAACAGGAGAUCUUGAUGGUUCUUUUAUUGGAUCUCCAACAUCAUAUGUGAAUAUAGCACACGUUCCACAGGCUGAAGAUAUUCGUACGAUAAUGCGUAGGGAUUCUGAGGUUAGUAGUGCACAAGUUUCAUUAUUGUAA